AUGGGCGAUAGUACUGGAAAAUCACGUUCAAAGUUAAUUAUAAUUGAUCGGUCAUUUGAUAUUACCUCACUGAUUUUGCAUGAGCUCACUUUCCAAGCUAUGGCUUAUGAUAAUUUUCCAAUAAGAAACGAUGUUUUUACAUUUAAUGAAAACAAAGUUCAAAAGCAUGUAUUUUUCGACCAAAGAGAUAAGUUAUGGAACAACAUAAGACAUCAACAUAUUUCUACUGCAGUAAUUACUGUGUCAGAGAAAUUAAAGAAAUGUGUGAACUCCUUGCGCGCAUCGGCUGCUGCUACUAAUACUGCAAACGGUUCAUCAGUUGGUACCAUGUCUAAUGCCAUUAAAGCAAUACCUAUACAAAAAAAAAAAUCAGAAAAAUUUUCUAUUUUUAUGAGUGUACUAAAAAAUUGCAUGGACUUUUAUGGAGAACAUUUAGAAGAAAUCUGUGUUUUCGAACAAGAUCUAGUUAUGGGCGAAACUGCAACAGGCGAAAAGAUCAAAUACAAUAUUAAAGAGAAACUGACUUAUUUUUUAAAAAAAGAAAAUGUAUCUGUACAAAACAAGAUACGGCUUAUUAUACUAUAUAUUUUGUGUGAGGAUGGAGUACCAAAAGAUAUUUUUAAUGAAUUAGUUCAAAACGCUCAACUUUCACCAGCUCAAGUACAAACUAUUACUAAUUUGAAUAUGCUUGGCGUCACCACGAUUACAGAUGGAGAAAGACAGAAACGGAGCAAACCUGAACGCAAGCAACGUGUUGACGAAAAUACAUUCCAGGUUUCUAGAUGGACGCCACUCAUCAAAGAUUUAAUGGAAAAUAUUGUUGAAAACAAAUUGAAUCCUGACCAAUUUCCAUCUGUUGGUGCUCCAAUUGACAUCCAUAAACCAUCUAGUUCAAGGUAUACAGGGCAAAACGUAACGUGGUACAAAGGAAAAGAUUCGACCAAACAUCUACGUUCAAGAGUCAUACUAUUUGUACUGGGUGGAGUUACAUAUUCAGAAAUGAGAUGUGCAUAUGAAAUAUCCAAAAGCUCCAAAAAUUGUGAAAUUGUAAUUGGUUCAUCACACCCACUUACGGCAAUGGACUUCAUCCAAGAGUUGUCUAAAUUAGACAAACCAUAG